AUGACUUUGACUCUGCAAAGUCCUUCAUUGACAACAACAUCAGUAACAUCAAAUACUUUGAGCAUAACAACUGGCGUCUGGAUUUUGCUUUCUUAUACAGUUGUAUACUCAUCCUAUUCCACCACUAUAACUCCUUAUCUAAACAACGUAGCUGUUACAGGCACAACAAGCUCAGAAUAUGUGUAUAGAGAAUCAGCUGCUUCCACCCUUUAUAUCGGCCAAGGAAAUAGCUACUUCAGUGGGUUUAUAUACAAUUUCAAGCUCUGAAAUACAAACUAUUCCCCUUUUACUACUGAAUAUACAGGCACCGAGCUUUGUACAUCAGGUGGAAGUGCCUGCUUUGGGACUUGCACGUUUGGCCAAUACUAUGAUACAGUUACCUCUCAAUGUAAACCUUGUUCAAGCUGCAGUAAGGGAUGCACUCGAGCUUCCUCUUGCAAUAUUUGCUAUGAUCCUCUAUGCUCAGUCUGCACUGGCUUUGGGUCUGGCAAAUGCACAACUUGCAUUACAAAUGCAUCUAAAACAGCAGCAACAGACUGUGCCUGUAAUAGUGGGUAUUACUUAUCAGAUCCUUUUACAUGCACUGCAUGCUAUACGGGAUGUUCUGUAUGCACAGGAACAGGCUAUUACCAAUGCACUGCAUGUGUAUCGACUAAAUAUUUCCUUUCUGUUAUGUGUUUAAGCUAUUGUCCAACUGGAUAUACUCAAGACUCUACAAAUAAUUUAUGUACGGUUUCUACGACUAAUGUGAUUUCUGUUGCUUUGCAAGAUUUGAUUUAUUUGGGAACUGUAAGUAGUUUUACGGUUGGAUCAUCAAGCACUAAUGCGUACCCAACUUUUGAUGCUGGAAGCGACCCAAUCCCAUCAAUUUAUAGAGGAUAUUACUUUGCAAAUGCUUAUUAUAUGACUUAUAGUUCUCUUAUAAUUACUCCUUACUUUAUUGUCACGGUUUGGGUGAAGCCAAUAUUAUCAGGAUACUUGCUUUUGAAAUUGGAUAGCUCUUCGAAUGCUAUGUUUGCAUUUUCAUUUACAGGCCUAGGAUAUGCAUCGCUUACUCUGCGCCUUCAAGAUGCUACGACAGUCACUUCAACUGGAUUGACAAGUGUUCUUGGAAGCUGGCAUAAUAUUGCUUUUACUGGAGAUAUCUCUAGUGGUAAAACAGUCAUUACAUUGUAUACUGAUGGUAAUUUAAUCGGAGGCACUUCUACAGCAACAUCAGUAAGUGUUUCUCCAUUUAUAGAUUCUUCAUCUGGAACUUUAUAUGUUGGAUCUCAGUCAGGAUCUAAUGGAUUUACAGGCUUUUUGUGGAGUUUUAAAUUUUAUAAUGGAAAUUCUAACCAGAAUGCUGAAUGGAUUACAAGUGGCUGCAAUUCGGGGUGCUCAACUUGCCCAUCAGAAAAAAAGUGUCCUGAUAGUUGCAGCUUUGGAUAUUUCUAUUCAGGAUCAGGAUGCACUCAAUGUGGAAGUGGAUGUGGGAAUUAUGGAUGCAGGAGUACUGAUACUUGUAGGCUUUGCCAAACUAAAGAAUGUUAUGCUUGCACUUUAUUUGACGGCAGUUGCACUUCUUGUAUUACAAAUGCAUCACCGAGUGGAACAGCAUGUGCAUGCAAUACUAAUGCAUUUUGGAAGGCGUCUACUGCUACUUGCGAAUUGUGCGAUAAUAAAUGUUCGGCAUGUGCUGGAACUUAUUACUUUUUAUGCAAUACUUGUUCUUCUGGGACGAUUGUAGAUAAUGUGUGCUUGAAUGGUUGCCCUCAAGGAUAUAGCACAAGCCCAUGUACAAGUACAAAAUCGGCAAUAUUCCAAGCACUAUUUGAUACUUCGUUUUCUGGAACCUACUCAACAUAUUUCCAAACCUCAAGUUCAUCAGCAACAUAUCAGUUUUUUAGCACUCCAGAUGCUUUAGAUCCAGUUCCUGCUUACAAAAGAGGUCUUUAUUUUUCAGGAGGACAAUAUUUAAUUACCAAUACCAAUAUAUUGCUAAGUAAUAAUGUGUCUAUGGGACUAUGGAUUUAUGUGAUUACCUCUGGAGAUAUUCUUCAAAAAUCACCUGGAAUUACAUUCAGUUCUUCAGGUGUUUUAACAGUCACCUUAGAAAAUCAAUCACUUACUACGAGCUCUCUUUCUACCACUGCUCUAACAGCUUUUUCUGGUUGAACUUAUGUGUCAUUUUCCAUUUCCUUUUUAAACGGAGACACUUCAAUAGCGACUUAUUUAAAUGGAGCAGCAGGAAACACUGCUAGCUCUGCAACUAAUAUUUACAGAGACACUUCAAAUGCUUUAUAUAUCGGAAAAAGCACAAACAGCUACUUUACAGGUUUUGUUUAA